UGUGUGUCUAGACGCUGAAGGACCCGGAUGUGAUUCGGCCGAGCGAUGGAGGCUGAGCGGAUCCGGGCUCCGUCCCACAUGUAAACAACACAUUAAGCGCUCUCCUUUGUUUAAGAAAAGCGAAACCCGCCUCGAUCAGGAGCAUGAGAUUAUCGCACAAGAAUCCACUCAUCUGAACACCAAAAUGUCGAUGGAAGAUCCGUUUUUCGUGGUGAAAGGAGAGGUGCAGAAGGCUGUGAACACAGCUCAGGGGCUUCAUCAGAGAUGGAUGGAGCUGCUACAGGACCCGGGUGGAGCCAGCAAGGAGGAGGUGGACUGGACCACCAAUGAGCUGAGGAAUAGUUUGAGAUCCAUUGAAUGGGACUUGGAGGACUUGGACGAGACUAUCAGUAUUGUGGAGGCUAAUCCAAAGAAGUUCAAUCUGGAUGCGAUGGAGCUGGCCAAGAGGAAAGCCUUCAUCACUAGCACGAGGCAGACAGUCAGGGAGAUGAAAGACCACAUGGCUAGUCCAAUGGGAGUUACAGUGCCCGAGAUAAAAAAUCGGCAGACUUUAAUGGGUGAUGGUGGGUCUCAUGGCCCAAUCUGGCAACCCAGUGCUGAUAAGUACACCAGACUAGACCGGGAGCUGCAGACGGCAAACUCACAGUUCAUGGAGGAACAACAGACCCAGCAACAGCUCAUAGCAGAUCAGCAGGAUGAGCAGCUGGAGCUGGUGUCGGGAACUAUUGGGGUCCUGAAGAACAUGUCCCAAAGGAUCGGCCAAGAGCUGGAUGAGCAAUCUGUAAUGCUUGAUGAUUUUUCACAUGAGAUGGACAGCACUCAAUCCAGACUGGAUAACGUCAUGAAGAAGCUGGCUAAAGUUUCUCACAUGACCAGCGAUCGGCGACAGUGGUGCGCUAUCGGCAUUCUUCUGGCCAUCCUGUUUGUGGUGAUCAUCCUCUUCAUUGUUCUGUGAACAGCACUCCUCCGUCCUCUGCCACUACAGCACUCCCUCCUGCGAACGCUCGCUCCAGCAAAGGUGCUUUGGAGAUAAACGAACCCUUCCUCCAUCUUUAGUCCAUGAUACAGCAGAACACUGCUGCUUCGUAACCUUUAUGCUUUCUUCUAGACAACCCAGACCGAAAAACGAAUGUGUAACAUAGCGUGUAAAAACAAGGGCUGUUUUUUUUUCGGUUUGGCGAUAAUACGGUCUGAAUCAUUUCAUACAAGUUGUGUCGUAAUCCAGGGUAAACCAUUUCCUUCCAACGGACCAUGAUUUUAAAAUGCUUAAAGGCAUAUUUCGCCCAAAAUGAAAUGACCCCAUGAUUUACAUGACUAUUUUCUUUCAGAAGAUUACAAUUGGAGUACAUUUCCUGGCUCUUCCAAGCUUUAUAAUGGUUUUUAAUGGGAUUUUGAAGCCCAAAAAGUGCAUCCAUCCGUCAUAAAAAGCGCUCCACACCGCCCUGGGGGUUAAUACCGGCCUUCUGAAGCAAACUCAUGCAUUUGUAAACGAAAGAUAUCCUUAUUUAAAACGUAAUAAACCAUAAUCUCUGGUUUCGCUAACUGUGGUUCACGUGUUCAUGAGAGAGCGGCGUCCCAGCGGAUAGCGUAGGCGUAGCAUAAGCUCUGGUGAGAAGCGACAAACGUGGAAGCACGGAGGAGAGAGCUAAACAAAACAGAUCACAAAUUAGAAGUACAAAAUGAGAAUUUGUGAAGAGACCUGUUGAAGGAUUUCGAAGAAAAGCUAGAGGAGAUAGUUUUUCCUUUGAAGUAAACAAAACUUGGUUCUCGCGAGACUAGCAUAUUCUCACUGGAGUUAAUGCUACGCCUACGUCCUCUGCUGGAACGCCACUCUCUCGUGAACAUGAGUACGACAGCGUACAUUAUGGUUUAUAAAGUUUUAAAUAUGUCGGUUUUUCUUACACAAACACAACACUGUGGAGCACUUUUUAUGAUGAAUGGAUGCACUUCACUGGACUUCAAAAUCUCAACACCCAUUCACUGCCGUUAUAAAGCUUUGAAGAGCAAAGAGCAUUUUAUUAUAUAACUCCAAUUGUAUUGGUCUGAAAGAAAAAAGCAUAUACACCUAGGAUGGCUUGAUCAUGAGGUAAUUUUAAUUUCUGGGUUGGUUUAGACCACUGUAAAUAAUCAACACUAAAUAACUACUAAUUUACUAAACACUGGAGUUAUAAUAAACCAGAUAUUGUUUAAGCGGGUAUGUUACUGAUCGUACUAAUGCGAGUUAGUUAUUUACUGUCAAAGUGUUUAUUUCCGUGUGCUUGGUUUACCUUUUUUUUACUUUUGAGUUAUUGAUAAUCAGUUACUAGUGAGUUUUAUUCAUGCACUACAGUUUGUUUCUUUAAACUGAAUGGAAUUGUGUUUUUAACAGAAACGCUAAUGUUAAACUCUCCGCAUAACUGGCUGGAAGUCUUUAAAUAAUAGGUUAGCAAUUCAAAUAUUAACAAAAAAAUUGUGCUUUAGUAAGCAAUAAAUAUGUGAAUUGCGUGACAAUUGGUUAUUAAUCUGUAGAAAGUCUGAAAACGGAUCACUUCAGAUCAGCUGAAGUGAAGUUUAGGACCAAAUAUAUUUUAGUAUAAAAGCUAAAUUUGAGAAAUAAUGGUUAAAGUAAUAGUUCAACGAAAAUUAAAAUUUGCUGAUUUUUAUUUUUUGGUGAACUAUUUCUUAGUUACAAGUCACAAUUUAGCCAGUGCCUUAGCACAGACAAGGGUGAAGUUACAUUUCAUUUUAGAAAGCCUGGCACUUGUGACAAAACGUCAGAUUGCGUUUCACAUUCUUAAACUGCUCAGCGAGGAUGUUCGUCCAGUGUUUCGAAUAUAUAUUUUCACAAGCUGACGGUUUGCGCUAUAUUUCCACUGCUAGCUCAAAUGGAAACAUAUGAAGCAGCUGUUGCUUAAAUGAAAAUCGUCGUAUUUGUCGUCUCUCGACAGCACAACACUACA